AGCCCCGAAUACGGUCCACAAUGGACUGGUUUAGGGGAGCAGUGCUAAUAACUUUGCUCCUCGGUGAAUUCCAAAUAUCCCAAGGAAGUGCAGAAAAAUGGAAAAUGCGUGGACAAGUCUCAUCCGGCCCAAUGAAAAUGGAAGGCCAGUCUAUGGGUCGAGGACAAGAACAGCAAACAUUCAAAUUGCCUGAUGGAAGUGGAGAAAAAUGGAAAAUGCAUGGACAAGUCUCAUCCGGCCCAAUGAAAAUGGAAGGCCAAUUCAAAAUGCCCGAUGGAAGUGGAGAAAAAUGGAGAAUGCAUGGACAGUUCUCAUCGGGCCCAAUGAAAAUGGAAGGCCAAUUUAUGGGUCCAGGACAAGAACAGCAAAAAAUCCAAUUGCCUGAUGGAACUACAGGAUGGAAAAUACAGGGACACUACUCAUCCGGCCCAAUACAAAUGGGAGGCGGAGAAUGGACCAUAGGAGGUGAAAAACCAGAGGGAACAAUGGAAUAUAUUAUGGGAGAAACUGCAGUCGGCCGAGAAUUCAUCACGGCUUUCAUGCAGAACCAUGGCGUCAAGGAAGCUGCAAAACUUGAGCUUUUCGUGACUGCCUCUUCCGCUCUCGCCUCAGUCACUAUCAUCAUUAACAAUUCUGAUUUCAAGAAAGAGCUAAUGGUUAAGAAGGGUGAAACAGUGACCGUUCCCAUCCCUGAAUCCGCUGAGGUGCGAGGAAAAGACACUUUGUCAGAGUCGGUGAUCGUUCAGUCAGAUAACGAGGUGACGGUUGUUUCCCGAAAUUCGAAAUAUGCCAGCGGUGAUACAGCUUUGGUUUACCCUGUGGAUCGGUUGGGAACCGAAUAUUAUCUAUUCACCCCUCCAUUUGACUCUCGGGAUUCCUUUAAAGAAGUUGCUUUCAUAGCCUAUGCCAAUCUAACAAAGAUUGAUAUCUAUCUUAGCGGAGCUGUGACUUACCAAGGAAAGGACUAUGCCAAGGGAAGCAAGCUAACAGUGUCCCUGCAGCCUUACCAAGUUCUGCAACUUCAGAGCACUGAUGACCUUUCAGGGAGUAGGGUGGUCUCAGAGUAUCCGAUAGCUGUCCUAUCCGGUCACACAUGUUCCAAGAAAUACGGGGACUGCGACCACGUCUAUGAACAGCUCUUACCGGUCUACAGCUGGGGCACUACAUUCUAUAUCCCAGGCUUGUCCUUUCAACCUAAAUCUGAUAUUGUUUUCGUUGUUGCCUCCAAAGAUACCACAAUUAAUUACCAGUCUGGGACACAAAAGGAUAAGAAAAAUGUAGGAGCAGGAGAAGUGACUCAGUUUGAAGUUUCCCAGAAAUCACCUUUGUCCCUAGACGCUAAUCAGAAAAUCCAAGUCUUCUUCUACGGCACUGGUGGGAAAUUCCAAGACAAAAUAUUUGGCGUCUUCCUCUCCCGCAUUCCUUCCACAACAUCCUAUGGCGUGGAGUACGAAAUCAUUGGGCAAAACAACAUGGACGUCAAUCUGGCCGUGAUCAUAAUCAAAACCUCGAGUCGGGCAGCGAUCACUUAUGAUGGGAAACCGUUAGAAGGAGUCCAGUGGCAAGAGUUCCCCGGAUCCGACUAUUCUUGGGCAGAAUAUAAUUACGGCAGUGGCUUCAGUUCUCACGUAAUGGCUCAUCCUACAGAUUCAUUCGGUUUGCUGAGCAUCGGCUACUCUCCAAGUACAGCUUAUGGAUCAGUGGCCGCCGUUACUCGUGGACCAGAAUUUGGUGGAUUUUCAUGGAUGCAAGGACAUAUGAUUCAACCAGGAGCACCAGGAAUACCAAUGGGACCAGGGGGGGACUAUUUCAUCCAAGGACCACCAGGAGGACAAGUGGAACAUAGGAUAAAAUACAUCUUACAACCAGGACAACAAGUACCUGGUUUUGCAAUGCCGGGCAUGGAAGGACAAUGGAUGAUUCAACAAGGUCAAGGGCUGCCAACAGAGCAGAAAGUGUAUGAAGGAACUCCAUUAACCCCACUUCCUGGAUCUACUGAUGAAUGGAUAGUGGAACUGGAUUUGCCAACAGGACCUGCAAAGUAUACAGGGAAGCCCCUUGCGCCAGUGGCAGGAAAAGAAGGAAAAUGGACAAUAGAAGCACACCAUCCAGUGACAUUAACAACUAAAUACAUCUUGCAACCAGGACAACCAGCACCAAUGCCGGGCAUGGAAGCUGUUUUCCAACUUCCUGGCAUGGCAGGACAAUGGAUAAUUCUACAAGGUCAAGGGCCACCAACAGAGCAAAAAGUCUACGAAGGAAGACCAUUAGUACAACUUCCUGGCACUACUGAUGAAUGGAUAGUGGAACUGGAUUUGCCAACAGGACCUGCAAAGUAUACAGGGAAGCCCAUCGCUCCAGUGCCAGGAAAAGAAGGAAAAUGGACAAUAGAAGCACAUCAUCCGGUGCAAUUAUCAACUGCACCUGUUUCAAUGCCGGGCAUGGAAGCACCGGUUUUCCAGCUUCCUGGCAUGACAGGACGAUGGAUAAUUCUACAAGGGCAAGGACCCCCAACAGAGCAAAAAGUCUACGAAGGAAGACCAUUAGUACAACUUCCUGGCACUACUGAUGAAUGGAUAGUGGAACUGGAUUUGCCAACAGGACCUGCAAAGUAUACAGGGAAGCCCAUCGCUCCAGUGCCAGGAAAAGAAGGAAAAUGGACAAUUGAAGCACAUCAUCCGGUGCAAUUAUCAACUGGCAAGUAUCAAUAA